AUGGCUAACGGUCCAGCUCCAUUUUCAGAUAUUGGCAGGCGUGCUAGAGAUCUCUUGACCAAAGACUACAAUUAUGAUCAAAAGUUCUCCCUCUCCAUUCCAAGCUCCAACGGAAUGGGACUUACUGCCACUGGAGUAAAAAGGGAUCAAAUUUUUGUUGGUGACAUAAGUACCCAGUACAGAAGUGGAAAAGCUACUGUGGAUGUUAAAGUUGAUACCUACUCUAAUGUUUCUACCAAGGUAACAUAUGAUUUGGUGCCAAGCACAAAAGCAGCAAUUAGCUUCAGUGUUCCUGAUCACAAAUCCAGCAAGCUGGAUGUGCAUUAUCUUCACCAUCAUGCAUUCAUCAAUUCCAGUAUUGGACUGUACCCCAGUCCUCUUCUGGAGGUUGCUGCUGCAGUUGGAUCCAAGGACGUAGCCAUUGGUGGUGAAAUCGGAUUUGACACCUCAUCUUCCUCUUUUACCAAGUGCAAUGCUGGAUUAAGCUUCAACAAGCCUGACUUUUCUGCAGCCCUUAUACUGACGGACAAGGGACAGACGGUGAAGGCUUCUUAUGUGCAUCUGGUCAACCCCUUUACGGGGACUGAGGUGGCUGCCGAGAUGACCCACAGGUUAUCAAGUUUCGAGAACAGCUUCAGCAUUGGGAGUGCCCACAAAAUCGAUCCCUUCACCUCAUUGAAAACAAGAUUUUCUGACAAUGGCAGAGUUGCUAUUUUGGGGCAGCGCGAAUGGAGGCCAAAAUCGUUUGCAACUUUUUCAAUGGAAUAUGACACCAAGGCAGUCAAUGUGGCCCCAAAGUUUGGUCUUUCCAUUGCUCUCAAGCCCUGA